CCUGACCAACGAAGCUCUUUUACGCACAGGAGAGAAACAGCCAGGGCUCUCUGUCGCUGCCUAGAGUUCAGAGUUUUAUCACUAAGGUGGAGCUUGUCACGAGUUUCAAUGAAAGAGAAAGAGCACUGCCGCCUCUGCGACUGUAAGCAGCCGUCUACCAUGGGCAAAAUAUAUUAAUUGACUGAAAUGGCAUCUGAACUGCUGAGGUCCAAAAGGAAACUGUCCAGAGCAGCUUUGAUCCAUGAACCUCAACGAACCUCGAAACUUUUGGUUGAACGUUUCAACUGAUAACAAAAUGCCUCAUGCAGACAAUCGAUACACAAAACUGCGAUGGUUAUUAACCAUUACUGGACUUUUCUUCUACGUUGUGGACAUUUGGAUGGACGUUUGGCUGGCUUUCAAAUAUUUUCAAGGGAAAUAUUAUGUCUGGGCUGGACUGACUCUAGGAUUUGUCCUGGUGGGGCUGCUGGUGACGCAGAUCUUCAGUUAUGCCUGGUACAGGGAUGACAUGAAUGAUGUUCUGAUAAACUCUGAAAGAAAUGCAAUAUCAGGCAUUUCCAAAGGUGAACUUGCUGUCAUCCAUCUGUUUGGCGUGGGCAUCUUCACCAGGUAUUAUUACCUGCUGAAAAAGGGCUUCAAUGUGGUUUGGAAGUCAACAAAUUCCGAUACAGUGGAAGAAAGGAAGGAUGUGCACCAUAAUCUGUUUUGCCACGCCACUGAUCUGAGCAUGCUCAAACUGUUUGAGGCUUUCCUGGAGAGUGUUCCUCAACUCCUCCUACAGGUUUACAUAGCGUUGGCCCAUGAUGAGAGCUCAGUCCUGCGAUAUUUGUCUAUGGCCUUCUCCUUCUUUAACAUUGCCUGGGCCCUGGUGGACUACCGCCGCUGCCUGCGCAGAUCCCUCCCCCAUAUCAGGGAGAUGCCUUCUGGCCUUCCCACAGUUAUCUACCUCCUCUACAAACUCUGUACCAUCACCAGCCACAUCUUGAGCUACAGCCUCCUCCUCAUGCUGAGCAGCUACAGCAUGAUAGCCCUCACCAUCCUCUGGCUGCUGGGGACAGCCUGGACACACUUGCUUAAAACCAAAUUCUGCACAUCCAGAAGUCUUGAGCUUCUCUACCGGGCAGUCAUAGGCUUCAUCCUCAUGUUCACGUUUUUCAAUGUCAAAGGGCAGGACACCAAAGUGGCCAUGAUUGUCUAUUACUUUUUCUACUUUCUUAUAAACAUUACAGCUCCGACACUGUACAUUUUGUUGAAGCCAGAGUUGAAGACAACCACUUUCUUCCUGACAGUCAGCAGUAUAAUCUUUGGGGGUUCAGUGCUGGGGCUGGUAAGUCUUGUGUUGUAUUACCUCUUCCUGCACCCCAGAGGGAAGUGGCAUGAGGCAGAUGAGGUGGACGGCGUGGGAAAGGAAGCAGAGAUCACAGGGAGGAUGAGAAAUUUCUUACAGCCUUGAUUUUUAAGCUUGGUUAUAUAUGACUGACAUAUUUAUUCUCAUAUAUUUAUAUCUAUGUAAUGUAUGGUACCAGUCAAAAGUUUGGGUACACUUUCUCAUUCAAGUGAAUGGGAAGGUGUGAUGACUGGUGGUGUAAUUUAUUUGCUAAUCCGAAUUUACAGUCUACAUUGUCUCCUGACAUUGCUGGAAAAUAUUACAUGACGCUGAGACCAAUGGAUUAUAUAUUGUAGUCAAGUAAUAAAAAGUAUAUUAUGGUCUGAAUAA